UAUCACUCCUUUUUCCAUCCCUUCGUCGGCGCAAAGCUCCAUCAAUGGAUAGCAUCGUCGACGCGCUGAGCAGCGCGUACAACGAGUUCGUGGCGAAGGCGGCGGAGGUGCUCGAAGCCAAGGAGCAGUCCGGUGGCCGGAAGUCCCCGAAGACGGAUGCUGCUCUCGAGGCGUUCCGGCAGCGGUGGGAGUUGUUCCGUGUCGCUUGCGAUCAAGCGGAGGAGCUUGUGGAAUCAAUGAAGCAGCGCAUCGGAUCUGAGUGCCUCGUCGAUGAGGCCACCGGCGCUAACCCUCGGGGCGGUCUGGGAUCAUCUGGGAUUCCUCCGAUUAGCGCUGUUCGUCUUGAACAGAUGAGCAAGGCUGUCCGGUGGAUCGUUAUUGAGCUCCAGAACCAUGCUGGAGCGGCUUCCGGUAGCUCGAACCACCAUUCUUCGGCGCCGUUCGAUGCGCGGUUCCCGGAGGACGGGGCUCAGUGAGCUGAUUACUCUUCAAAUGAAACAAGUGGUGUGUGGUAGCAGAUAAUGAAAUGGUGGUAUGAUAUCCUGUGAUUUCUAUGUUUCAUGACAAUUUUUCAAGGAUGUCCUACAUAUAUUUUAUUGUUUGGAUAUUUCAUGCAUCAGAUAACUAUUUGCAAUGUGGAAUCAAUCAUAGAUUUAACACAAAGUAAACUCAUUAUGCUAUUUUGUGGUUUUGAUUUUACGUCGUCUGUGACAGAAAACAUAUCAUAUGAAUUUAGUGUUGUGCAGAAGAAUAGUGAAAAUUUGUAUAUUAUUAUGUGAUCAUGAGGCUUUAUACAAAUAUAAUUUGCCAAGAAUUGCUUAUUA